CCUCUGCUACCAGAUCACAAGAGAGAUCCUCUGUAGUGCAAGUAAGUCUUGUGUACAUCAUAUCACCCCAUGGGACGGUCAUCUGAACCCAGCCCAUGCUGUCAGGAGCAGGAGGUCUCUGGUUACUGAGCCCAAUCUUUCUCUGAUUCAUGCUCCUGUAAAUAUGUGUGGCAAGCGUCAUCACCAACUGGCUUCCCCCUUUGUGUUCUGCUGUGUUUGAAAUUCUGAUUGAUGUGCAGUGGAGAUCGAAGUGACCAAUAAAGAUGAGUGAAGAAACUACCCCCGAGCUUGUGUCCUCGCCUCCCUCAACUGGGCAGAGAUAUUUUGACCGCUGUUCAGAGGAUGACCCAGAAUAUCUGCGCAUUAGAAACAUGGCGGCUGACCUCAGGCAGGAUUUCAAUGUCAUGGAUCAAAAGAAACGAGUGACCAUGAUUAUGCAGAGCCCCUCUUUCAGGGAGGAGCUGGAAAGUCUCAUUCAGGAACAGAUGAAGAAAGGGAACAACUCGUCCAAUAUCUGGGCCCUCCGGCAAAUCGCUGACUUCAUGGCCAGCACUGCACCAUCUGUCUUCCCCACCUGUCCAGUCAACUCAUCCAUGGUGGCACCUAUUAAUGACCUCCACUGCAAUGAGUCAAUGCCUCUGGCGAAGGGUGAGAGGUUAUUGAGAUGUAAGCUUGCCAGCAUCUACAGACUCAUAGACCUGUAUGGAUGGGCUCAGCUCAGCGGGACCAUUGCUUCUAUAAGAGUAAAUAAGGAACAAGACCAUUUCCUAAUUAACCCCAGAGGAGUAGUUUGUAAUGAAGUGACUGCUUCCAUCCUUGUGAAGGUGAACAUUUUGGGUGAGGUGGUAGAGGUUGGCAGCACCAUCUUUGAGGUGGAAGCUAGUGACUUCAGCUUGCACUCUGCCAUAUACUCAGCACGUCCGGAUGUAAAGUGUAUCAUCCAGCUACAUACAGCGGCUACGACUGCGGUGUCAGCAAUGAAAUGUGGUCUCCUGCCUAUCUCUCAUGAUGCUUUGCUGGCAGGGGAGGUGGUAUACUAUGACUUUAAUGGAGACAUGGAAGAUGAGAAGGACAGAAUUGAACUACAGAAGUGUCUAGGACCGACAUGCAAGGUACUGGUUUUGAGAAAUCACGGUGUUGUGGCAUUAGGUGAAUCCGUGGAGGAAGCUUUCUAUAAGAUUUUCCACUUACAGGAAGCUUGUGAAAUUCAGGUAUCAGCUGUACCUUGUGCAGGAGGACCAGAGAACCUCAUCCUGCUGGACAGGGAUAAAUAUCGCCCACAUGAGUUGGGUACAGUUGGUUGGGCUGGCAGCAAGUUUGGGCCAAUGCAGAAAAGUCGGCUUGGUGAACAUGAGUUUGAGGCUUUAAUGAGAAUGAUGGAUAAUUUGGGUUACCGUACAGGUUAUACUUACCGUCAUCCAUUUGUGCAAGAAAAGACAAGACAUAAGAGUGAUGUGGAGAUCCCAGCCACUGUAACUUCUUUCAUUUUUGAAGAGGAAGGGGUCCCUCUCUCCACAUUACGACAGCAUUCCCAGAAGCAGCAAAAAGAGAAGACACGUUGGCUGAACACUCCCAACACCUACCUACGAGUCAAUGUGGCUGAAGACAGCGUGAGCAGCCCAAGGACUACGUGGCUAAAGGCAGAUGAAGUUGUGAAGCCUAGUAGCGGCAUGCCUAUCCGUAUUGAGAACUCCAACCAGUUUGUGCCACUCUUUACAGACCCACGUGAAGUCUUGGAGACCAGAAAUAAGAUCAGAGAGCAAAAUCGUCAAGACGUAAAGUCUGCUGGUCCGCAGUCUCAGUUAUUAGCCAGUGUGAUAACUGAUAAAAGCAGAAGUCCGUCUGCAGACAGUCAUCUAGCUACCAAAACAGAAGCAGAGCUCAAGGAACAGCCAGUGGAAGAGGUCUCACCGGAACCCGAGACACCGAACCCAUUCAGCCAGCUGACAGACCAGGAGCUGGAAGAGUAUAAAAUAGAGGUGGAAAGGAAAACACUUGCUCUUGAUGAUGCAGGUGAUAAGGACGGUAUUGAAGAUGAGUCUCAACCAUCACUGGUAACACCACCCACCUCUCCUGUUAGAAGUCCUACGAAGACCACCGCUCUGACUGCGUCUCCUUCCAAAUCAUCAGAAGAAAAAGAGAAGAAGGAGGACGCACCAUUACCAACAGAAACUACCGAGGAAAAGGUCCAACCAGAUGUGGUGCUAAAUGGGAAAGAAGAGGAUCAGCCUGCUCAAGAGGAAUCUGUUCAGAAAGUUACAGAAACCCCCAAAGGGAAAACUGAGACGGUGCCCAAUGUCUCUCCAGAGGGGUCCCCGACUAAAUCUCCCUCCAAAAAGAAGAAGAAGUUCCGUACUCCCUCAUUUCUAAAGAAAGGAAAAAAGAAGGAAAAGGAGAAGGCCGAGUCUUGAUCUCCAUGUCUUCGAAGACUGAUGCCUGAUGCAGGGGUAUGCCCAGACUCCUUCACUUCCUGAACCAUGGCAGUGAUGGCUCUGUUCUGUACUCACGUUGGAGACAAAGGUCUGAUGGGGGGGGGAGGGGGGGACUCAUUCCGGAAGAAGAUUUUUCUAUCUAGGGGAUUUGAACAGCCUGCUCCAGUACAGCUCAGUUACUGCGUAGACAUUUGGGACCACCUGCUUAGAAAAACAAUGACAUUUUUAUAUUUGUCUUACACUGUAGUAGGCUUCCUUUCAACAUCUCUCUACCACAACAUUUGGGAUUUUUGUGGUUUGUUUCAAAGUUUUAUCAUUAUUUCAUUUGAGUAUUUUUGAGUGAAAUGUGCUUACUUUAGUCAUGUGGCAGUGAAGAGGGUUGCAUAAUGGUUGCUGAAUGCCUGCCCUUAUUUAAAUGACAUCAUGGGUGGGAUUUACGAGAAUCAGACCCUCUGUUAACAGUGAGUUGUCUGGUCUCUAAUACAUGCAUUGAUCAAUCCUCUAUUGCUAUUUAAUGUUAUUUUAAAUGCAUUUUUCUAGUACAUAUUUUCUCUUGGCA